ACCGAGUCCACUUGCAACAACAUCAAUGACGCCGAAAGUUCUGCUCUCCUUACUGACGUUGAUCGAGAGAAGACGCUCGAGUUUGCAGACGAGUUGGCCGAGAAAGGCUCCAAGGCUUUUAAAGAAAACGACUUUGGUGAAGCUGCCGAGUGCUUUAGCCGCUCCCUGGAGAUCAGGGUUGCACAUUAUGGAGAACUUGCUCUUGAAUGCCUCAAUGCAUAUUACCUGUAUGGACGUGCACUGUUGUACAAAGCUCAAGAGGAAGCUGAUCCUUUGGUCUCUGUGCCCAAGAAGGAGGGUGAAACGCAACAAAAUUUGGAUAAAGAUGGAUCUGUCAAGAGUGCUAUAAAUGGUGAAUCUUCCAUGGCUUCAGUUUCUAGUAAGGCUGGAGAAGAAGGAAGUUCAACUCGUCAGGAAGGCAAAAUGGAAGAUGGUUAGUGUAUUGCUCGUGAAGUCUGCCUAUAAGUAGCUGGCUUGAAGACACAGUAGUUGGUUGUUCAUUAAAACUUGGAAUAGUCAUUCUUUGUUAUGUCUAUAUUCACAAACCUACAACCUAAGAGGACAAUAAUGUAAAAAUAAGAAAGUUUGUUGGAAGAGUAUUGGGAAAGUUGGUUUUACAUGUCAAAAGUUGCUAGAAUGGAACUGACUUUGUUUGUUACAGGUGAGAAGGGUGAGGAAGAAGAUGAGGGUGGUAGUGACAGUGAUGAUGUGGCUGAAGCAGAUGAAGAUGAGCCUGACCUGGAUUUGGCAUGGAAAAUGCUAGAUGUUGCUAGGGCAAUUGCUGAAAAACAGCAUGUUGGAGACACAAUGGAGAAAGUGGAUAUUCUAUCUGCACUUGCAGAAGUUGCUUUGGAAAGAGAGGAUAUUGAAUCUUCACUCAGUGACUACCAGAAAGCACUUUCAAUUUUAGAGCGACUGGUUGAACCUGAUAACCGACAAAUAGCUGAACUAAAUUUUCGGAUAUGCCUGUGUCUUGAGUUUGGCUCUAAGCCACAAGAGGCAAUUCCUUACUGUCAAAAAGCUAUCUCAAUCUGUAAGUCACGGCUUCAGCGACUCUCAAGUGAAGUAAAGAGUUCAUCAGGAUCAGCAACAUCAUCUGCUGCAUCUGAAUUAGAUGAUGGUGUGCAGCAAUCCUCCAAUGGCCCUCACACCGUUAGAUCUGUGGCAGAUAAAGAAGCAGAAAUCCAAACACUUGGUGAACUCUCUGAAGACUUGGAAAAGAAGCUUGAAGAUCUACAGCAGCUGGUCUCCAAUCCAAUGUCAAUUCUUUCAGAAAUCCUUGGAAUGUCUGGCAGGGGAAAGGACAGUGAGAAGAGUGCAUCUCCUGGUUUGAUAAACUCUUCACGGAUGGGUACUGCUACUAGCAAUGGAGAUUUUGACUCUCCAACCGUUUCCACUGCUCGUACAAAUGGAGCGCCUGGAGUAACAGAUCUUGGUGUUGUGGGAAGAGGAGUGAAGCGAGUUCUGAUGAAUACAGGCACAACAGAAUCAAGCUCGGCGAAGAAACCUACAAUCAAUCCUUCCUCUGAUAAGGGAGAUGAUAGUAGUGCUUGAUGAUGGUCCUGAAUUUAACUAAUUUGUGCUCAGGCUAGCUAUAAUUAGUGAAGUUUUUAGAGGUGAUGUGGAAUCAUAACAUUAUAAUUAAAAUAUGCUUGAUAUUAUAUAUCUAUGCAAUUUCCUUGACUACCUGUGCUUAACUUCUGUCUGCUGUAUUGUCAUGCAAGCCAACUAUAUUUGAUUGUGUACUAGUGUGCCUUUGCUAAUCUCUCUCGCAUGUCCUAGGUUGAACAAACCUUUUUUUCAUGU